UCCAUUGCCACCCCCACUGGUGUCCCGGGGUCUCACUGCCAGAGAGCUAUAUCUGUUACCUGCCGUUGCUGCUGACCUAGCACAGAGAGAGCGCUUUGCAUUUGAUUUUCCAGAGGGAGAGCUUUCUAUUUUCCAUUGUAGCAGGCAGAGAGAAAGAUUCUGGGAUUAGCAGAGAGAGGUGGGGCUUUUAUCGCUCAAAGAAGGCAACAUCGAGGACCAGCCGAGUGAGUUGAAUUUCGGUUUUUAUUAAGUUAUUCUUGGGUUUAGUGGCUGCUGUCAAGAUGUCGAGAAAAGGGUUAAUGGAACAGGACCUAAGUAAGCUUGAUGUGACAAAAUUACAUCCUCUCUCGCCUGAAGUCAUAUCCCGUCAAGCUACGAUUAAUAUUGGCACAAUUGGUCAUGUGGCACAUGGGAAAUCAACUGUCGUUAAAGCAAUAUCUGGUGUUCAGACUGUUCGUUUCAAAAAUGAACUGGAGCGUAAUAUCACCAUUAAACUGGGUUAUGCCAAUGCUAAGAUAUACAAGUGUGAGGAUGAACGUUGCCCUAGACCAAUGUGCUACAAAGCAUAUGGAAGUGGAAAGGAAGAUAGCCCCUUGUGUGAUGUUCCUGGAUUUGAAAAUGCUAGGAUGAAACUCUUAAGGCAUGUCUCCUUUGUGGACUGUCCGGGUCAUGAUAUUCUUAUGGCCACCAUGCUGAAUGGAGCAGCCAUCAUGGAUGGCGCGUUGCUUUUGAUUGCUGCCAAUGAAAGCUGCCCCCAGCCUCAGACUUCUGAGCAUCUUGCGGCAGUUGAAAUUAUGCGACUCCAACAUAUUAUCAUUCUACAAAAUAAAAUUGAUUUAAUCCAAGAGAGUGUUGCCAUCAACCAGCAUGAAGCAAUCCAGAAGUUUAUCCAGAAAACAAUUGCUGAUGGAGCUCCAGUUGUUCCAAUUUCUGCACAAUUGAAGUAUAAUGUUGACGUAGUGUGCGAAUACCUCAUAAAUAAAAUUCCAGUUCCCGAAAGAAACUUUGUUGACCCACCCAACAUGAUAGUGAUCCGAUCUUUUGAUGUUAAUAAGCCUGGUUCUGAGGUUGAGGAGAUUAAGGGUGGUGUUGCAGGUGGAAGUAUUUUGAGGGGUGUGCUUAAGGUAAAUCAGAAGAUUGAAGUUCGGCCUGGGAUUGUUGUGAAAGAUGAGAACGGAAACAUGAAAUGUACUCCGAUUUAUUCAAGGAUAGUUUCUUUAUAUGCCGAGCAAAACGAGCUUCAAUUUGCAGUUCCAGGUGGUCUUAUUGGAGUUGGUACCACUAUGGAUCCCACGCUGACCCGAGCUGAUCGGCUUGUGGGUCAGGUAUUGGGAGACAUUGGUUCACUCCCCGAUGUCUUUGUUGAGCUCGAGGUGAACUUCUUCCUCCUCCGUCGUCUCCUCGGUGUGAGGACCAAGGGUACAGAGAAGCAAGGGAAGGUGUCAAAACUGACCAAGGCUGAGAUACUCAUGCUGAAUAUAGGUUCUAUGUCGACUGGUGCAAAAGUGGUCGCCGUGAAAAAUGAUUUAGCUAAGCUUCAGCUGACCUCACCUGUUUGCACAAGUAAAGGAGAGAAGGUGGCCUUGAGUAGGCGAAUCGAGAAGCAUUGGCGCCUUAUUGGUUGGGGUCAGAUCCAGGCUGGACUCACACUAGACGUUCCUCCUUGCCUCAUCUAAGAUAGAAAGAAAGCAAGGCAAAGAUAAUCAGAACUUAGAAAGAGAAGCCAAGAGAGAGUUUAGAGAGAGAGAAGUGGGUUGGGAGAGAACAGUUGGGGACUAUUUUCGUGAGGUGGAGAAGAAAACCUGAGAGAAAAUUUGAGAGGACUACGUUUUGAUGGUGUGAUUUAGUUAUCUUUUUCUAUUGCAGAUUUUGGUUUCGUGGAUUUUUGAAUGAUUUAAGAGUUAGUUUACUGACGGGAAUGCCUAGAAGUUCUCACAUCUUUUUCUUGA